AAUAUGGCGGAUAGCUGUUCUGAGCUUGACCUAAAUUUAGAACUACCUUUCCCAAUUUUAGAGCAAGAGUUGUCCGUAGCGUGCAAUCAGGUGGAUGAACUUUCUGAGAAAGGAAACCGCCCAAAGGCUGUGGAGUUCAAACUAACUUCUGAGAAAUGCUUCAUGUGUGAACUUGAGCAUAACAGUCCAGAAUUUGGACCUUUCUGCGCUGUUUGUCACGACUUUUUAUUUCCGAAUGCACUACUUGUGCUCGGAACAGAAAUCGAAAACACACAUUUAGGGGCUACUUGCGAAAGUGUAUCAUCGCAAUCUGCAACAUGUGAAAGCAGUGAAACAAUUGUCAAUUCUGGAGGCGGCGUAGAGUCAGAAGAUCCCGAAGAUAGUGGAUGCGAAAGUGAAAACGAAACUAAACUGUCACCGGAAAACAGCGAACUUGCCAUAAACCAUCCCUCGAUAUCACGAAGUAAACUACCCUAUUUAUCACUUUAUGAACAUAUUAGACCACAAAACUUCAUCGCAGAGCGACUUGCAAACGAGUUGAGCUUUGUCGAGGAAGAUUUGUUUGGAAAAUUACCGCCAGAAAUGCUGCUCAUAAUAUUUUCUUUUUUGGACGAUAUAUCUUUGUGUAUGGUGGGGCAAGUCUGUCAAUGGUGGCAGGAACUCGCUGGAGAACGCAACGAAUGGGAGAAGCAUGUACGCACUAGAUGGCCAUUGUUACCGUGCGACCAACAGAGUUCUGUCAAAUCCUGGCAGAAACUCUACAUGAAGCUGUUACAAAGUGUUGCUUGCAGAAGAUGUUUUGAACAGGGAUGUGUUCAGCAUUCCCCAGAAGACAACCUCGUAAACUCAUGGAGGAACAAAAGACUCAAAAGUGAACUGAGAGGAAUUAUCAUGGAUCCCCCAGAGGGCAUCCAGGCACGCCCAUUAGACAACAGUUUAUCAUAUUGGCAAGCUUCAAUAAAGGGCCCGCCUAACUGCCCUUAUGAAGGAGGCCUUUUCUUUCUUCACUUGGAAAUACCAAAGAGCUAUCCUAUGAGGCCACCAAUUCCCAGAUUCAUCACAAAAAUCUUUCAUCCAAACAUCAGUUGUCAUGGUGACAUAGGGGUGGAUAUGCUCGGACAAAACUGGAGUCUUGCAUUGACUAUUCCAAAGGUCCUGGUUAGUAUACAGUCUCUCUUGACAGAUCCCUAUUGCCAUAUCAGUAUGGAACCUGACAUUGCUCAGUUGUAUGAAAGGGACAGAGAACAAUAUAACAGAAUAGCUAGAGAAUGGACUAUAAAAUAUGCACAGGUGCAUCUGUCUUGCUGACAACAAUGCUCAGAUCUGUUGAGGAUUUUUUUUUUACCAGUGCUACUAAGGAGAAACUAACAUAUGUUGAGGUUGGUUUAUACUUGGUGACAAUUUAGUGGAAGACAUCUCUGCAACAAACUGCCAUUUGUGUUACAGUUACUGUAGUACGUCCAAAACAAGUCACUUCAAUCUGUUUUCUCAAUGCAGUUAUCCACAUGAAUUCAAAUAAGUCGGAUUUUAAGUGACCUUUUGAAGGUACAAAAUUCUGCUCCAUGUCACUUGAAACAAAAGUGUCAUAUUGACCUGUCCCUGUUUCAGGUUUCAACCUCUUGAACAUAGUGUUCCCUAACCUACUGUAAAGUGUUUUUAAUUCUUUUUCAUGGAGAUUAUAUUGGGUAGCCUCAUUGAUAUGCUGUAUUUAAAUGGUUAAUACUACUAAGAAAUUUGCUUGGCGCAAGACAUAAGACACUCUGUCUGCUAAAAGUUCAACAGAAUGCUACUUACUAUUACAAUGAAGCCAUUGAAAAGAAAUCAAAUCUGAGGUAAUUCUCCCAUCACAAGACCAUAUAUUUCAUUACAGGCUGUUUGUGAUAAUCUGGUAUCAGGGCAAUAUCAUUUGGAUAUUAAAUAUUGUAUCUCCUCUCAAGUGAUUUAAGAUUGUGAGGAUUAUCACCCUGAGAGGGUGUGAGAGAGUUAAAAAGGAUAGUUUCUGUUUGCAGAGUCAGUCAAAAAGUUAAAUUUCACUUUUUUUUUUAAGGAAAGGGAGAAACAUAUUUUAAUAAACAUUAGUUCAUAAUCACAAAUAGAAAAAUAUUUAAAGUAACCCCACGAAUGCUUAUUGGAAAGGAGGCUGUAGACAGCCAGUUUGGUGUGUAUAGCACUAAUCUGGCUUUAAACAAGAUUGAGCUGAAUAAUUUUCCACUAUAUGCAAUCAAAGUUUUUUUUUAAACUUUGGUAGAUAUGAUACAGACUAAAGUGACCUCUUGUUCAGUAGACAAUAGGGACCUUAAGAAACCAUGAUGGCGACGCCAAAGAAGACUUCGAUUAAAAAAUGAAUUUCUACUCUUAGU